AUGCCUACAAUUAACAGAUAUACGUACUCCAAUAGCUUUCUUAAGAGCUUGAACAGUAACAACUGCUUGUUCCAACCGGACACCCAUCUACAAAGUACACUCAUUGAUUUAUUGGCGUGCCGAAAAAGAAAUAAGAGGGGAUGUCGUGGAGGUAAGAACCUGUACAGGAAGAUACAAGUUGUGGAGGCUUAUAGACCUCACUUACAGAACCCCACGAUCAUUAGAAGAGGAGUAACUUUGUCAAAUCUUACUGAGAUUAAAACCAACACUUUAACAUCAGUUCAAGAACAUCCAAAGAGAGAUUUUCCUACAUUCGUGCUUUGCAACGCUCAAUCUCUUGUGAACAAAUUUGAUGACUUUGAACUGCUUUUACAUCAAGAAUCUGUAGAUGUGGGAGUGAUAACUGAAUCUUGGUUUCGACCUGAUAUGCCUGACUAUAUGCUCUCCAUUGACGGCUAUGAGAUUUUUUCAAAGUCUCGUAGUCAUGCAAAAGGUGGAGGAGUUGCAGUUUAUGUCAAGUCACUAAUCACUGCAAGUGGGAUUCCAGAAAUCUCAGUCCCCAACGAGCUGGAGUGUGUAUGGUCUCUAUUACAACCUAAGAGGCUACCCAGAGAUACAUCGAUCAUCGCUGUAUGUGGCGUCUAUAUUCCACCAGAUUCAUCCCUCCAAGAUCUUCUCACACAACAUCUAUUGGAAUCCAUGGACCUUCUCCACACUAAAUAUCCGGACAUAGGCUUUGCUAUUAUGGGGGACUUCAACAGAAUGCCCGUAAACAACAUUCUCAAGCAUUGUAAUCUAAAACAGUUGGUUAAAUUUCCCACUCGUGCACUUGCUACAUUAGAUCUUAUCAUGACCAAUUUCAAUGUUCACUAUAGAGACCCAGUUCCCUUGUCAGCAUUGGGAAAGAGUGAUCAUGUGUGUAUCCUGUGGAGACCCAAAGUGCAUGUUAUAAAAAAUCAGGGCAGCAAAAGGACAUUUCGUCCCAUGAAAGAUACAGAAUUGAGAGAGUUUGGUAGGUGGAUCCAAGAACAAGACUGGUCUAAUGUUCUCAAAGCUGAAAAUACCCAGCGUAAGGCAGACGCACUAUACGAGUCUCUCCAUGGUGCAGUUGAUAGAUUCUUUCCCAUGCAGACAAUAAUAACCCAAAGCAGUAGUAAACCAUGGAUGUCUCAGAAAGUUCAAUCACUUGUAAAAAAGAGACAGGUUGCGUUCGGAUCGGGGAGAGUCGAGGUGUACAAUAAACUACGCAAUGAGGUUCGUAGAGAGAUCAAGAAGGCUAAAGUUCACUUCUACGCUAACAGAGUCCGAAUUCUACAAGAAACCAAUCCAAGGAAGUGGCACCAGCAGAUAAAAACAAUGUCUGGAAACACUAAAGCUGUCCUCAGAAUACCUGUCCAGGGAGUGAGUGAUGAUGAUCAUGUGACCAUUGCCAAUACAAUUAAUGAUCAGUUUGUGAAGGUUUCUUCUCAUAUCCCCCCACUGGAUCUUAAUGUUCUGGAGGCCUACUUACCAGCCAUGGAACCUCCACCAUCACUCUAUCCUUGGGAAGUGUACACUGAGCUCAAAAAAGUCAAAUCCAACAAAGCAACUGGUCCCGAUGGAAUUUCUCCCAAGCUUGUUAAAGAAUUUGCCUAUGAGUUGAGUUCACCUUUAACUGAUGUGUUGAAUUGCUCGUACAAAGAGGGUGUGGUGCCUAAGCAAUGGAAAAAGGCCAUAGUAGUGCCAAUACCAAAAACGAACCCCCCUACAGCUGAUAAACUCAGGCCAGUUUCUUUGACUGACUGCUUUGCAAAGAUUGGGGAGGGUUUUGUAACAAACUGGGUUUUGGAUGAUAUUCAAGACAAAAUUGACCCACAGCAAUUUGGCAAUGUCAAAGGCAUUUCGACCUCCCAUUAUUUAGUUAGUCUCCUUCAUUCACUCCAUCAAAGUGCCGACAAGGUUGACAACAUUGGGACGGUGGUUCUGACGGAUUUUUCCAAGGCGUUCGAUAUGAUUGAUCAUACCAUCCUCAUUGAAAAAUUUAUCCGCUUGGGAGUCCGUAGAUCCAUCGUCCCUUGGUUGUGUGACUUUGUCAGCAACCGCGCCCAAUGUGUACGAUACAACCAAGCACUCUCAGAGUACAAGGUUCUCAGUGGAGCUCUCCCGCAAGGAACUAAACUCGGCCCCAUUGGUUUCCAGGUUGUUAUUAAUGACGCUGCUCAUGAUUUGGGUGAAAAGAUUAAGUGCUGGAAAUAUGUGGAUGACUUGACAUUUGCUGAAAAUCGUUCCUGCUUCCAGCCUAGUGGGCUGCAAGUAGUUCUUGAUGAAUUUACUGAAUGGACCAACACCAACAAACUCAGCCUGAAUCCCUCCAAGUGUCAAGCCAUCCAAACAUGUUUCAAAACUAAACCCCCACCACAUGCCGAGUUGAGCAUUGCGGGAGUCCCUCUGAACUUUGUAUCUGAGGCAAAGGUCCUAGGAGUCUGGCUACAGAAUGACCUACGAUGGGAUAAAAAUAUCAAUGAAAUUUCUAAGAAAGCCAAUCAAAAACUGUAUAUGCUCCGACUGCUUAAGAGGUUUGGAUUUAAUGAUGUUGAACUCAUAACAAUUUAUAAAAGUUAUGUGAGGCCUGCUGUUGAAUAUGCGGAUGUUACUUGGUCUUCCUCAAUUACUGCUGCCCAGGAGAAGACUCUGGAGCACCUGCAAAAACGUGCAUGCAGAACAAUUUUGGCACAGCGCUAUACUUCGUAUGCGGAUGCUAUGCAGCUUUGCGGGCUUGAGUCUCUUGCUGAUAGGAGGGUGCCUAAUCAGAACGACACGAAAGCGAACAAUGAAACAAUCGACAAACUGUAUAUCAGCAUCAAGGGAAAGCAAGCAACCAAUGUCUUAUCAUUGGUUACAGCCGAGGGUGACGUCACCAAACCAGAAGCCACCGAACCGGGAACCACCCAACCGGAAACUACCGAACCAGAAGGCACCCAACCCGACACCACCAAACCUGACAAUGGCGUUGGCAUAGUCACUCCGACAGUGCCAUACAUUGCUCUGAUCAUCCUGAAUGCAUUUAUUACUGCUCGUUUGGCAAUUGCACUUUAA